AUGGAAAGUUUAGGAAGUGAAACUUUUUUAAAUAUUGGUAAAACAGAAAUAAAUAAUAAUAAUAAUAAUAUAAUAAGCAGUAAUAAUGAAAUAGACAAUGAUGUCAGUGAAUAUAAUAAUAUGACAAAUAUGGAAAGUCAGUAUAGCUUCGAUAGUGAACACGAUGACCAUUCAAAUGACUAUUUAUUUUUUCAAAUUUGGAGAAAUGCGUUAAUAAAAGAAAGAAUUGUCAAACACCUAAUGAUCUAUAGAAUCGUUCAAAAAUACAGCAAAACGACACAAUAUUCAUUUAAUCACGAUACAUUGAAAUGCUUCAAAUAUAGAGACUACUUAGAAACGAUGCAUUAUCAAAUCAACAGCUUUUUAUAUGACCCAUUUGAAUUGGAAAGAUUAUCAAGAUUAGAAAUUGAAAGAGUAGUUACAAGAAAAAGACAAGAAUCUCAAGAUUAUAUACAACUACAUCAACCUUUAAUUAUUGAUAAUUUAUUAAAUGAUGAAGUAAUCAUUGAUGAAGAAUCCAAUAUCCCUGAUACUGUCACCAAAUUGUAUUUCCAUGAUAAUAGUUGCAUACCAAUGUACUUCUUCCCAAAUUCAAUUAAAACUUUAAUUUUUGGAUACAAUUUUAAUAGUCAAAUUAAUAAAUAUGUUUUACCAAACUCUUUAACAUCAUUAGAAUUUGGAAGGAACUAUAAUGAAUAUUUAGUUGAUGGAGCAUUACCAAACUCAUUGAAAGUUAUUAUUUUUGGGAAAUCAUUUAACAAAAAAAUUCAAUUAGGUCAUCUUCCAAACUCGGUAAUUAAAAUUCAGUUUAAAGAUUCUUUCAAUGAAAUUAUUGAAGACUUUUCGUUACCAUCAAAUUUGAAAGCUCUUCAAUUUGGGUUCAAGUACAAUCAAGCACUUAGCAAGGGAUUGUUUGCAAAUAUUUCAAAUUUAACCUAUUUAGAGUUUGGUAAAUGUUUCCAACAACCAAUAGACCCACAGACAUUACCUCAGACAUUAACCUAUUUAAAAUUUGGUUCGUACUAUAACCAACCAUUAGAAAUUGGCAGCUUACCAAAAUCAUUAAAAACUCUUAAACUAUCAUUCGAAUAUAAUCAAGAAAUUAAAGAUAAUGUUUUACCAGUGGGUUUAACUGCUUUAUCCUUUGGGUUUCACUAUAAUAAGCCAUUACCAUCAACCCUUCCAUCUUCACUCACAUUUUUAAAACUAUCUUCUCAAUUUAACCAUAGAAUUUCAAAUGAACUGCUCCCAGAGAAAAACCUAAGAUAUUUACUUGUUGGGGAUAAAUUUAACCAUCCAAUCUCAAAAUCAAAUAUUGGUGAAUCAUUAGAAACUCUUGUACUCGGUGAAGCUUUUAACUCCUCAUUAUUAGAUGUGCCAACAACAUUAAAACAAUUAACAGUUGGUUCUAAUUUUCAUAGAUUAAUCAAUCCAAAUCUAACAAAUUUAACUUUUUUGUCAUAUCAAGGCACUAUUUUGACUGAUAACAAUUUAGAAAUUUGUAGUUUUAUUAAAAGUAAAAAUAAAAAUAAUAAAAAAAGUCGUAAAGAUAAUUGUUUAAUAUGUUAA